AAACAACUUUCAUAUACAUAUAUAUAUAUAUAUAUAUAUACAUUCCAAUGUCUGUCCCAAAAGUCCUUGUUGUUGGUUCCGGAGGAGUAGGUGCCAUUGCUGCCUUGUCCUUGCAUCUUAACAAAAAGUGUGAAGUUACCUUGGUUGUAAGAUCAGACUAUGAACAUGUUGUAAAUCAUGGUUAUGAAAUAGAUUCUGUCACUUAUGGUAAGUUUAUGAACUGGAAACCUACCCAUGUCAGUAAGAACGUACAUGACGCCUACCGUGACCAUGGUGAAUUUGAUUUUAUUGUGGUCACCACUAAGAAUAUUCCCGAUGGAGCAAUCACUUGUGAGGACAUUAUUCGUCCUGCUGUGACACCAAAGAGCACUACUAUAGUAUUAAUCCAAAACGGUAUUGAUAUUGAAACUCCGAUGCAUGAACAAUUCCCAGGAAAUGUGGUAUUGAGUGGGGUGUCGUUAAUUGGAUCCAGUAACAUCAACUGUAAGGUCAAUAAUCUGCAUAAAGACCAACUUACCCUUGGGGUAUUUGAAAACCCUGAUGACACUUCAGAUGAAUAUAUUGAACGUUCAACUGAAAAAUUGAAUCAAUUCUAUGAUCUUUAUCAAAAUGCUGAUGAAUCUAUCAAUAAAGUCACUAUCGAUAAGAAUGUUAAACGUUCGCGAUGGGAAAAACUUGUUUACAACUCUGUCUUAAACACAAUCACAGCCAUUGUAAACUUGGAUGUUAAUCGUUGUCAAAUUGCUGUACAAAACGAAGACCUUUUCCUUCCAGCUAUGGAUGAAAUUAUAGCCAUUGCAGCCAGUGAAGGUGUUGUAGUGGACAAAUCCCAGAAGGAUAAGUUCAUUCACAUAGGUGACGGUCUUUUUUACUCACCUUCCAUGUGUAUUGAUCAACGUAAGGGCCAAUUAAUGGAAUUAGAAAUCAUUUUAGGUAACCCUAUAAAGAUUGCUCGUAAGAAUAAUGUCCCUACCCCAAUAUUACUGGUCAUAUAUCACUUAUUACACAUGGUUCAAUUCCGUAUCAAGGAGAAGAAUGGGUUAAUCAAGAUUAACCAGGAUGACUUUAAGAACAUGAAAUCCGAUGACUAUCCAGCUCAUUUUGCCAAGAAGUAAUCUUUUAUUCCCUA